AUGAAUGAGACAUUGUGCAGGUUGUGUUUAUCUCGAGAAAGUUUAACACCAUUGUUUAAAAAUAGUGAACUAAUUGAUGAACGAAGUUCCAAUUUAUUUGUAACAACUGGUUUGACCAUUAAAAAUAAUGAUGGCCUACCACAACACAUAUGCGAAAUAUGCACCAAUACUGUUGACACCGCUUUGGAACUCAGAAAACGAAGUUAUCUUUCCGAACAAGAACUAUUAAACCGCGGAUACAGAAGAAAUCAUGACCCGAUUAUCAAAGAAGAAGAUUUGAUCCAAGAAAAAACAUAUAAAGAAAAUAAAUGCAAUGAUUUUAGUGAAGAAAAUGAAAGUUUUACGGAAACUAAGGACGAGUCUAAUACUUCAGAUGCCAACAUCGCCGAAACAAAAUGGCCGACUAAAAGAACUGUCAAAAAGCCCUCCAAAAAAGAACAACGCCAGAUUUAUUUGAAUAUGGUGGAAGGUGAGCUGGGUCCAAAGGGGCCGGUCACUUGUAAGAUUUGCAAGGUGACUGUUAGCAAAUGGGCCUGUUUCCUAAGUCAUGCGAAGCUGCAUUUAGGAUUUAAAUUCGUGUAUGAAUUCUGCGGUAAGAGUUUUAUAUCUACAACCAAAUUAAAUAGACACUGUAGAUCUCAUCACGGCAUGAAGAAGGAAUUGAAAUGUAAACAUUGCAGCUAUCUCGCUCUAGACAACGCGCAAUUAAAGCUCCACGUGCGUCGAAUGCACACGGGCGAGCGUCCCUACGUUUGUGACAUUUGCGCGUCCUCCUACCACAGCCGGCGAUGUCUUGUGCAGCAUCUUGAGAGCCAUAGGCCAGUUGCCAAUGUACAGAUGGAGACUGAACUGUAUCAAGAGAAACGCAUGCGGUAUGCUGGUCAGAAGCAGCAACUGAACUGCACGCAACAGAUUAAAAUGUCCAAGGGGCAAGAGUGA